AUGAAUAGCAUCAUUUGGAAUUGUAAAGGUGCUUCCAAGCCCUCUUUUCAAAAACGUGUUAGGGAGCUGGUUCUAAGUCAUAAUCCGGCUAUCUUGGUGGUAAUGGAAACCCGAGUUGGGGGAAACAGAGCAAGGGAAAUCACUGAGAGACUUCCUUUCGAUGGAGUUAUACAUUUUGAUGCAGUUGGGUAUGUUGGUGGAAUUUGGGUGCUGUGGAAUUCAGACAGAGUUGAUGUUGCCCAUUUAGCCAACACUGAACAAGAAAUUCACUUCACGGUUAAGGUUAUAGCAGGGGAUUUUAAUGAACCUUUGGUAAAUGAUGAUAAAUUUGGGGGUAGAGAGGUGAGUGUGAACAAGUCUCUUUUGUUCAAGGAGUGUUUAGAUAAAUGCAAUAUGAUAGAUAUUAGUUUUGCGGGGCCUCGUUACACUUGGACCAAUAGAAGGGAAAUUCAAGCGUUGAUUCUGGAAAGAAUAGAUAGGUUCUUUGUGAAUCCUAAGUGGUGCUUGCUUUACCCAGAUGCAAAAAUUACCCACUUACCUAAGUAUCAUUCUGAUCACUGUCCUGUUCUGUUAGAGAUGCAACCAAGUUUAAGCGAUGGGAAGAAAAGGCCUUUUAGGUGCCAAACGUGCUGGAUGUUAGACCCUACUUUCCCGGAUAUUGUUUCUCAAGCAUGGGGAGGUGCAAAUAAUCUAGUGGAGGCCGUUGAUAGCUUCACUAGGAAUGUGGCAGCUUGGAAUAAAAAUUAG